UAGCAGACAGAACUCGAACACGAAGAGUGAAAGAUCGGCUGAUUCUCAGCACAGGAGUGUACUCAUGGGAUGGUUUUCGGAAUUCUUCUUUGAAUAUGAAACCCCCCGCAUGGCUCUUCUCAAAGACCGUAAGAUCGGGGUGGUUUGUCGGCUCAUUCAGCUCGGGGUCCUGGUUUACAUCAUUGGAUGGGUAUUCAUAUAUGAGAAGGGAUAUCAGUCUGAAGAUGGCAUCAUCAGCUCAGUCUCCGUCAAGGUUAAAGGUGUAACAUCUACUAAUGACAGUGACCAUGGUUUCAGAGUCUGGGAUGUUGCUGAUUAUGUUUUUCCUGAACAGGGAGAUGACUCCUUUUUGGUGAUGACAAACUUUAUCUCAACUAGGCAACAACAAGGCCAUUGUCCUGAGUUACCAGGACCUCUGACCAUAUGUAGCUCUGACAACGAUUGCAAGUAUGGACCAUUAGAAAAUGGGAUUAAAACUGGAAAAUGUGUUGAAUAUAAUAACAGCGCUAAAAAGACAUGUGAAAUCUAUGGUUGGUGCCCAGUGGAAAAUGACUCCAACAUUCCUAGCCCUGCACUGCUCUUGGAAGCUGAAAGGUUUACUGUAUUUAUCAAGAACACCAUCACAUUUCCAGAGUUUAAAGUGACCAGGAGCAAUUUAGAUGAGUCCAUUACUAAAUCAUAUCUUGCAAACUGCACCUAUGAAAAAGAUCCCCUUUGCCCAAUAUUUAAACUUGGAAACCUCAUUCAGACAGCAGGUUUUGAUUUCAAUGAAGUAGCCUUGAAGGGAGGAGCAGUUGGAAUUGUAAUCAAGUGGGACUGCAACCUGGAUUUUCCUGAAAAGUACUGUAGGCCAACAUAUGAUGUCCACGGUCUGUAUGGAGGAGGGAAACAGUCUUCUGCAUCACUGGGCUAUAAUUUUAGGUAUGCUAAAUAUUUUAUGGAAGAAAAGAUUGAAAAAAGAACACUUUAUAAAGUAUUUGGAAUCAGAUUUGACAUUAUUGUACAUGGAAAGGCUGGAAAAUUUGAUAUCAUACCAACUAUGACAGCAAUUGGGUCUGGUGUUGGAAUUUUUGGAGUGGCCACUGUCGUAUGCGACCUUUUACUACUUUACAUCAUGCCACAUCGUCACUUUUAUAAAAAUAUGAAGUUCAAGUACACAGAAGAACAGGAGGAGUGUGAAAUACUUCCUUGAUAUCUGGACUGGCCAAGAAUUUCACAGUCACCGUUCCUUGCCCAUUUAUCUUGGAAUUUGGAGAAGCUUGCCUGGGCAUGUUUCAUAACCGCCAAGCUGAUGCAGAGAAACAAGGCUGGAUUUGUCCAAUUCCCUUUCACCUCUGCUUUUACUAUUUAUGGAGGGAAUUCAAGACAAAAUGUGAAUUGAAAAACAAUAAAAGGGAAAAAUACCUUUCAAGGACAAUGUUGACAUAACAUGGAUAUUGCACAUUCAGAUAUGUGGUUAACUGGGGUAUACGUUAAUAAUUAAUGAGUGCAUGCAAUCAUCCAUUUAUCAUCUUAUCCAACUUUAUCCUGAGGAGCAUCACAGGAGAGCUGGAACUAAUCCCAGAAUGCAUAGGGCAAAAGGCAGACGCAAUUUCUGGACAGAGCACCAAUCCAUGGCAGGGUGAACACACACAUACACUAGGGCCAGUUUAGUAUUGCCAAUCCAUCUAAUCUGCAUCCUGGUCUCCUUACUGCAAUGUAGAAGUGCUACCACUGUGCCACCAUCCUGCCCACAUGCAAUGAUAAAAGUGAAAAUUCAGGUUAAUUGGUGCCUUCUUUUUGUUACAUGUUUUGUACCUAUUAUCACAGGAUGUGUACUGUAUACCUUGACAUAGGCAUGAGGACACCGACAUACAGUAUGUUAAGAAAUGAUUAAUUACUCCAUCAAAAAAGUUUACGACUCUCCCACAGUGUAAUGAUGCUUAGCCUAUUAGCUCUUGCUCCCUUUUUAAGUUCUCUUACUUAUUCCUAUCCACUGUCUGUGCUUCUAUUUAUCAUGUAUGGCCUCAGUCCUUCUUUACAAUUGGAUAGGAGGUUGCAUUUUAUUUGGAGAUGGCUUGUGGUUGUAUCACUUUAAUCUUUUCUUUCAUUUAAACAGACUUCUCACACAAGCCACCUGAAUUUAUUAUGGCCGUCAAUCUAUGGCCACCUGCAUUUCUAUAAAAUGGCCAACUGGACCAUCAAGUAGAUACUCCCAGUCUGUGGUGUUCUGUUUUAAUGCCUGAAUAAAGUAAAAUAUCACAACAUAACACACCCUUAUUUAAGAUUUACACCUAAAGAUAUUCCUGUAUCUCUUCCAAUCCUACAUUCCCUGUAGGACUGGUGAAUCAAACUUCCAUCUACUAUUGUUACAAACCCAACUUCACCACUAUAGUAUUGUGUGCAAACACAGCCAAUACCAGUAACAUCAGAUACAAAGCAGGAAAUUCUUACACUCGUAAUAAAGAACACUCAUUCCCUGUCAAUUUAGGGAAACCAAACAGUCUAAUGUAUGAAUCUUUGGGAUGUGGGAGAAAACUGAAAUAUCUGGGGAAAAAAAAAAGGUGAUAAUGUGUAAAAUCCACACACACAUUAUCAGGUCUGGUGUCUGGUCAGGUAUUCUUGAUUGUGUAUUCUCCUCUACUCUAUUGAACACUUUGAAUUGAAGGAGAAUUCUUAAAAUUGUUUAUUACUUUUGUCCCUGAAGCACUGCCUGACGUAAGCAGAGAAUGAGAACAAGAGAUCCUGGCAGCAUUUGCCACAAUAUUUGGUAUGCCAGUUUUUUAUUUAUGGCGUGUCAAACAGCUUAAGUUUAAUUCAUAGAAGCCUUUGUGUUCUUGGCUAUAAAACCCUAUAGUUAUUUGGAAAUGGAAUUUAUUAAAGUUUUAACAUGUGCUAAUUUAUUUUUUGUGGAUGUAAUAAAAUAGGUAAUUUUGUUCUUUUGCAAAA